AAUGGUGGAAUUUUACAUUAUAAUUGCUAUAUACUGAUUUUUAUGAUGAAAACGAAGCCACAGUUUUAUAUUGAAAAUCUUUUGGCUGAAGACAAGAAAACAACCCGGACGAAUUUAUCGAAAGAAACUUCAAGAAAUGAUGAACAUCGUUUGGAUGCACGAGGAGGGCAGAGCCAAAUCUCCGGGAGUUCUUCCGAUGUCUACUUCGCGGUCGAUGGCGAGAGCAAAGUUCGAAGUAGGGCACAAUCACCACUUCCGAUAUCGGUGCGUUCUGAGAACACCAACGGUGGUAAAAGAAUCGCUGAGCGCUUAACCAUCAACGAUAGACAAGCAACUGCCAUCAGAAGUGAUUUUAUUUUGAGAGGAAAGGAACCAGCGGUCGCUGAUGUAAUGCAGCCAUCAUGGCAGUUAAACUGUUUCAAUGAACGUGGCUUACCGUUUAGCCCACUGUCGGUAAUUUACGGCCAAAAGCGAAAGCCGCAUCGUGUGCAACAGGACCUUAAACACAGUGGGCUAAUUGAGCAAUUAAACUCAUACCGCUUGCCCAACAACGCACAAUAUUUAUUUCCUGGUUGUUCUACAUGCUGUGAGACGAGUGGUGGUCAUUUACUUGCUAAACCUCGCUGCGAUUUCUCUCAUUUCGACAACUCAUCCAUACAUUGGUGUUGGAGCCACCAACAAGCUUUAACGGCGCUCGCACUUCGACAGAAAACACUGAAAACCUUCAACUCGUUCCCGAGUUACGUUUUACCGCAGCCUACCUUCCAUCCGUCCGCCUUCCAAUACACUUUUGAAAACGCGGCUCUUCUGGGCAUACAGAGGGACACCUGUCAAUCAAACGAGCGCAGAAUGCUAAGAGAGCAAGCUGGAAAAAUUCCGAACUAUUUCAAUGGAAAUUCUCUUCGUAGCAAAAGUUUUAUUCGAAACGAAAAACUACUCCCCGCGACGCGCGAGCAGCUAUCAGCGUAUGAUAUACUGUCUGAUAAGGCCAUCUACGACGGCGAUCUGCCCGACCGCCAUAUUGUACACGCUGAAGGCCGGGAGGCGUCCAGGCCUAUGUCGGGGUGUUACGCAACAUUUGAUUCUUCACACAAUGAGUCGUCGCUAUCAGAUGUAUCAGUGUUAUCGGCCAAGUCCAACGAAACGAACCCAGAAAUAUCGAAUUCUUCGUUUCAGUUGAACGUUAGUGGGGAAACGAGGAAAAACAAUUUCAGUUGCGGGAUCUGCGGAAAGACGUUCAAGGCACAAUACAACUUGACCCGUCACAUGCCUGUACACACAGGGGCGCGACCUUUCGUUUGUAAAGUUUGUGGGAAAGGAUUCCGACAAGCGAGUACAUUAUCUACAACCUUACGUUCCACAUGCACACCCAUAAGGAGAUCAAACCGUUUACUUGCACCGUGUGCGGGAAGGGAUUCUGCAGAAAUUUCGACCUAA